UGGUGCUGACCUCCAAGGAGCAGCUGGUGAAGCGCAGGGCUGCGGGGCUGAGCAUGGGAGCCGGGGCCAGUGCCGAGGAGAAGCACUCCCGAGAGCUGGAGAAGAAGCUCAAGGAAGACGCUGAGAAGGAUGCCAGGACCGUCAAGCUGCUGCUGCUGGGAGCAGGGGAGUCGGGGAAGAGCACCAUUGUCAAGCAGAUGAAGAUCAUCCACCAGGACGGUUACUCGCUGGAGGAAUGCCUGGAGUUCAUUGCCAUCAUUUACAGCAACACGCUCCAGUCCAUGCUGGCCAUCGUGCGCGCCAUGACCACCCUCAACAUCCAGUACGGGGACACGGCUCGCCAGGAUGAUGCCCGGAAGCUGCUGCACCUCUCGGACACCAUCGAGGAGGGGACCAUGCCUAAGGAGAUGUCAGAGAUCAUCGGACGGCUCUGGAAGGACUCGGGCAUCCAGGCCUGCUUCGACCGCGCCUCCGAGUACCAGCUCAACGACUCUGCUGGCUACUACCUGUCAGACCUGGAGCGCCUGGUGACCCCCGGCUACGUCCCCACAGAGCAGGACGUGCUGCGUUCCCGCGUCAAGACAACCGGCAUCAUUGAGACCCAGUUCUCCUUCAAGGACCUCAACUUCAGGAUGUUUGAUGUGGGCGGACAGCGCUCGGAGAGGAAGAAGUGGAUCCACUGCUUUGAGGGUGUGACCUGCAUCAUCUUCAUCGCGGCUCUCAGUGCCUACGACAUGGUCCUGGUGGAGGAUGAUGAAGUGAACCGCAUGCAUGAGAGCCUGCACCUCUUCAACAGCAUCUGCAACCACCGCUACUUUGCCACCACCUCCAUCGUCCUCUUCCUCAACAAGAAGGACGUUUUCCUGGAGAAGAUCAAGAAGGCCCAUCUCAGCAUCUGCUUCCCCGACUAUGACGGUCCCAACACCUACGACGAUGCGGGCAACUACAUCAAGCUGCAGUUCCUGGAGCUGAACAUGCGGCGGGAUGUGAAGGAGAUCUACUCCCACAUGACCUGCGCCACCGAUACCGAGAACGUCAAGUUCGUCUUUGACGCCGUCACUGACAUCAUCAUCAAGGAGAACCUCAAGGACUGCGGGCUGUUCUGA